CGAAUUGAAGACGGUCAAGUGUGUCAGAGAGGGAGGUGGUGAUGUAGUCUUUGACAAGCCUCUCGAAGCACUUCAUGAUGAUGGAAUGCUGAAUACACACAUCAACUCUGGACACUCUGAAGAUGAUGAUGCUGGAGUGGCAAAGGCUGUUCUGACCAUACACCCCAACAGCUCCCAGAUAUUCAGUGGAGAGUCUGUCACUCUCAGAUGUGACAUACAGGGGGGAGGAGUCACUGACUGGGAGUACACUUGGCACAAGAAUGGUAAUUCUGACUCCUCCAGUAAGAAGAAUGAACAUGAGGUCAGUGCUGCUAAGAUUUCUGACAGUGGUGAUUACAGAUGUCUGGGUUCACAUCAGAAGCAGGAUUCUAAAUGGAGUGAUGCAGUCAGACUGACAGUGACACCUCUGCCCAAAGCUACACUGAGUGUAGAACCAAACCCUGUGUUCCCUGGAGAGACAGUUACUCUGACGUGUUCAGUUGGGUCUGACAGUAUCUGGAGCUAUCAGUGGUACAAAGACAGGAAUGAUAAUGUAGUAUCCCAGUCUGUCAGACACACUAUAACAGGAGACACUCUCACCAUCAGUAGAUCAACAGUGAAUGAGGGUCCCUACUGGUGUCAGGGAAAAAGAGAGUCCAGACCCACUUCUUCAUCCAUCAGUGACCCUGUCACUAUCACUGUCAAUGCUCUGCCUGUGGCCUCAGUGAGUGUCUCUCCUCAGGGUCUCCUCUACUCUGGAGAGACUGUCAGUCUGCAGUGUGUCAUACCAGACUACACAUCCUGGACGUACCUCUGGUACAAAAACAGCCAACACCUUCCUGAUGAGACCAGUAAAGUCAUCGAUAUCACCAUCCACAUCACUCAGACUGGUCUGGUUGGUCAGUACAGAUGUGAGGGGACGAGGACAGAUCAGCCCCAGUGGUCACAACCCAGUGAUGACAUCACUAUCAUUGUCACUGCUCUGCCCAAAGCUACACUGACUGUUAAACCCAACCCUGUGUUCCCUGGAGAGACAGUUACUCUGACGUGUUCAGUAGGGUCUGACAGUAUCUGGAACUAUCAGUGGUACAAAGACAGGAAUGAUAAUGUAGUGUCCCAGUCUGUCAGACACACUAUAACAGGAGACACCCUCACCAUCAGGAGAGCUGCUGAGUCUGACCAGGGUCUCUACUGGUGUCAGGGAGAGAUCCAGUCCAGAUCCAUAUCAUCAAUCAUCAGUGAUCCUGUCACUAUCACCCUGAAUGCUCUACCCAGAGCCUCAGUGAGUAUCUCUCCUCAGUUUGACCUCUACCCUGGAGAUACUGUCACUCUGCAGUGUGACAUAUCAGACUACACAGACUGGACGUACUACUGGUUUAUAGACAACCAACACCUUCCCAGUCCGACCAGAAAAACCAUCACCAUCUCUCUCCCUGACCAGGCUGGUCAGUACCAGUGUGUUGGGAUGAGGAGAGAUCGGCCCCAGAUGUCAUAUCACAGCUUUUCUAUCCCCAUCAUUGUCACUGCUCUGCCCAAAGCUACACUGACUGUAAAACCCAACCCUGUGUUCCCUGGAGAGAAAGUCACUCUGACGUGUUCAGUAGGGUCUGACAGUAUCUGGAGCUAUCAGUGGUACAAAGACAGGAAUUAUAAUGUAGUAUCCCAGUCUGUCAGACACACUAUAACAGGAGACACCCUCACCAUCAGUAGAGCUGCUGAGUCUGACCAGGGUCACUACUGGUGUCAGGGAGAGAUCCAGUCCAGAUCCAUAUCAUCAAUCAACAGUGAUCCAGUCACUGUCACCCUGAAUGCUCUGCCUUCGGCCUCACUGAAGAUAGUCACUCCACAGGGUCUCCUCUACCCUGGAGAGACAGUCACUCUGCAGUGUGACAUAUCAGACUACACAGACUGGACGUACCGCUGGUUCAGAUACAAAGAAGAGCUUCCCAGUCAGACCAGAAAAACCAUCACCAUCUCUCUCCCUGACCAGGCUGGUCAGUACAGGUGUGUUGGGAGGAGGAGAGGUCGGCCCCAGAAGUCAUAUUACAGCUCAGCUCUCCCCAUCAUCAUCACUGCUCUGCCCAAAACUACUCUGACUGUAAAGCCAAACCCUGCAUACCCUGGAGAGACAGUUACUCUGACAUGUUCAGUAGGGUCUGACAGUAGCUGGAGCUAUAAGUGGUACAAAGACAGGAAUGAUAAUGUAGUAUCCCAGUCUGGUUACAGUAACAUUGGAGUCUCUCACACCAUCAGUAGAGCUGGUGUGUCUGACCAGGGUCUCUACUGGUGUGAAGGGAGCAGAGUGUCUAGACCCACAUCUUCACUGCCAAGUAAUCCUGUCACUUUCACUGUAAAAGAUAAUCGUCCGACGGCUACACUGAGUUCUGACAAAGAGGACGUAUUCACAGGAGACAGUGUGAUACUGAGCUGUACUGUAGAGUCUCCUGGAUGGAAGUUUUACUGGUACAGACACAGACCAGACUCUACACCAGUAACCACAACCUCUGGAUACUCCUACACACUCAGCUGGGUCAGUGUCUCUGAUGGAGGACAGUACUGGUGCAGAGCUGGGAGAGGAGACCCAGUCUACUACACCCUGUACAGUGACCCAGUCCAGAUAAACAUUACUGAAAGACCUGUUGCUGUUCUGAUCCUCCAACCCAACUGGACGCAGAUAUUCAGAGGAGAGACUGUUACUAUGAGAUGUGACAUACAGGGAGGAGGAGACACUGACUGGGACUACAGAUGGUAUAAGAAUAGUCAGUUAUUCAGCCCCUUUAACACCAAGCCUGAGUACAGAAUCAGUCCUGUCUACAGGUCUAACAGUGGUUCAUAUACCUGUGAGGGUGUAAAGGGAAACAAGCUCUCCAAGAUCAGUGAUGCUGUACAGCUGACUGUGUCUGAUCAACCCCAACCUGUCCUGAGUAUCUCUCCUCAGUGGCUGAACCCUGGAGCCUCUGUGAUUCUGAGCUGUAGGGUUAAAGAGUUGUCUACAGACUGGAGAUUCUCCUGGUACAGGACUGUUACCACAUUAACUGAGCAGUCCUACUCUUUUGAGCUUCUACCAGACAGAGGCAAUGGGACUACUGAAGACUCCUACACUCUGAUCCCUGCUGGUGCUACUCCCACAGGAGGAUAUGUGUGUAGAGCUGGGAGAGGAGACCCAGUCUAUCAUACACUCUACAGUCAACCUCAGUUUCUCUGGUCAGGAGAUCUGCACCCUUCAGUGUCUCUUACAGUAAAUCCCAACACAACUCAACACUUUACAUCAAAGUCUCUCUCACUGAGCUGUGAGCUGAAGGAGAACUCUACUGGAUGGAGACUGAAGAGAUACACAGAGACAGCAUGGCCGUCACAGUGUCCAUCUACCUGGAGAUCAAUAACAGAAUCCACCUGCACCAUCACAUCAUUGGACACAUGGUACAGUGGAGUGUUCUGGUGUGAGACUGGAUCAGGAGAGUACAGUAAUGCUGUCAACAUCACAGUAAAUGCUGGUGAUGUGAUCCUGGAGAGUCCUGUCCAUCCUGUGACUGAAGGAGACUCUGUGACUCUGACCUGUACAUUUAGAUAUCAGGAAACAAAUCCUAAACUCAAGACUGAUUUCUACAAAGAUGGAGUACUCAUCAAGAAUGAGACCACAGGAGAGAUGACCAUCCCUACAGUAUCCAAGUCAGAUGAAGGAUUCUAUAAGUGUAAAUCUGGUGAACGAGAAUCACCAGAGAGCUGGGUGACAGUAAGAGUUUCUCCAGUCGUAUCUCCUGGAUCCUCUACAUCAGUCCUAGUAGGAGUGGUUGUGGGUCUGGUUGUUGCUGGUGUUCUACUGGUCAUUCUCCUGGUCCUGCUGUGGAGAUAUCAAAACAGCAAAGGUUCCUGUUUCAACAGAAUAUUCUGGCCCCAUCAGCCCCAGAGAACCAACCAGGACCCCCAACAGGAACAAGGAUCUACGUAUACACAUCAGCAGCAUGGUGACACUAACAUCUACGAUACGAUCAAUCCCUCAGACAACAAUGAUAAUGAUGCUGCUGGUGCUUCUGCUGCUGGACCAAGUCAUGUGACUUACGCCCAGAUUCAACUGAAAAAGUUGGACAAGAAAAAGAAAGAAAGGCUAGCUGAUCCAGCUAAACAUCCAGUCUACUCUGUGGUGAAAACAGGGAAAGCCACAGAAGCAGCUGGACCUGUUGAUGUGACCUAUGCUGAGGUGGACCUCAAAAACAGGGCCAAAGCCAAGAAGAAGAGAGAAACAGCAACCCCACCUGAGGCAGAUUCAGUCUAUUCUCAAGUAAAGCCACGCACAGCCCCCGCAGCAGCUGGACCUGUUGAUGUGACCUAUGCUGAGGUUGACCUUCAAAAGAAGAACAAAACCAAGAAGAAGAGAGAAACACCAACACCACCAGAGACAGAUUCAGUCUAUUCUCUAGUGAAGCCGUACACUGACCCCGCAGCAGCUGGACCUGUUGAUGUGACCUAUGCUGAGGUUGACCUCCAAAAGAAGACCAAAGCCAAGAAGAAGAGAGAAACAGCAACCCCACCAGAGGCGGAUUCAGUCUAUUCUCGAUUGAAGCCACGCUCAUGCCCCGGACCUUGAAGGAGAUGGAGGGACACAUAAUCAGAGGAGGAGCAGGAGAAACCUGGGAAUAUGGAUUAUUCACACAUGUUUGCACACACACACGCAAGCACACCCACACACCCAUGCAAGCGCACACACACACACACACACACACACACACACACACACACACACACACACACACACACACACACACACACACACACACAUAAAGGAUUUAUAUAUAUAUAUA